AUGACUAUUCCGAAAGAAAUUCCGGAGAAGUGGUUCCCUAUCGUUCUUCCUCUGAAAAGGAAAACAAGGGGACUGAAAGGGUCCCCAAAGCUCAAGAGAGGCGCAGAGGAGGAGAGGAAGGUCAAAGCUAACGACAGGGAAUACAACGAGAAGUUCCAAUACGCGAGUAACUGCAUCAUGACCUCUAAGUACAACAUCAUCACCUUUCUGCCAGUCAACCUGUUUGAGCAGUUUCAGGAAGUAGCCAAUACCUACUUUCUGUUUCUCCUUAUACUGCAGUUGAUUCCUCAGAUCUCCUCUCUGUCCUGGUUCACCACCAUUGUGCCUUUAGUGCUGGUGCUGAGUAUCACAGCAGUUAAAGACGCCACUGAUGACUAUUUUCGUCACAAGAGUGACAACCAGGUGAAUAACCGCCAGUCUCAGGUCCUCAUCAACGGCGUUCUUCAGAAGGAGAAGUGGAUGAAUGUAAGAGUUGGUGACAUCAUCAAACUGGAGAACAAUCAGUUUGUGGCAGCUGACUUACUCCUGUUGUCCAGUAGUGAACCUCAUGGCCUGUGUUACAUAGAGACAGCAGAACUGGAUGGAGAGACCAACAUGAAGGUGCGUCAGUCCUUGUCUGUUACCUCAGAGCUGGGCGAUCCCAAUAACCUUGCUCAGUUUAAUGGGGAGGUAGUGUGUGAGCCUCCCAAUAACAAACUGGACCGUUUCUGUGGGACUCUAUACUGGAGAGACUGUAAAUACGGCCUGAAUAACCAGAACAUGCUUCUGCGUGGCUGUGUCCUCCGCAACACCGAGAGCUGCUAUGGACUCGUCAUAUUUGCAGGCCCUGAUACAAAACUGAUGCAGAACAGUGGUCGUACUAAGUUUAAGAGGACCAGUAUAGACCGACUAAUGAACACUCUGGUGCUUUGGAUCUUUGGGUUUCUGGUGUGCAUGGGGGUGAUUCUCGCCGUGGGAACCGCCGUGUGGGAGAGAGAGGUGGGCGCCCUGUUUCAGAGCUACCUUCCCUGGGACCCGCCCGUCGACAACUUCCUGGUCUCCGCCUUCCUCUCCUUCUGGUCGUACGUCAUCAUCCUCAACACCGUGGUGCCCAUCUCCCUCUACGUCAGUGUGGAGGUCAUUCGAUUGGGCCACAGUUACUUCAUAAACUGGGACAGGCGGAUGUUCUGUAACCGUAGCAACACGCCGGCGGAGGCUCGGACGACCACGCUGAAUGAGGAGUUGGGGCAGGUGGAGUAUAUCUUCAGCGAUAAGACGGGAACGCUCACCCAGAACAUCAUGACCUUCAACAAGUGUUCCAUUAACGGCCACGCCUACGGUGAAGUGAUUGACACACCACGGGGUCAGACCAAGAAGGUGGAACCCCUGGAUUUCAGCGCGUGGAACCCGCUGGCGGACAGAGACUUCAGUUUUUAUGACCACACUCUACUGGAGGCGGUUAAACUGGGAGAACCGGCCGUUCACGAGUUCUUCCGAGUCCUGUGCCUUUGCCACACGGCCAUGAGCGAGGAGAAGAGCGAGGGAGAGUUGGUAUAUAAGGCUCAGUCUCCUGAUGAGGGGGCGUUGGUUACAGCGGCGCGUAAUUUUGGGUUUGUGUUCCGCUCUCGUACGCCCAGCACAGUGACGGUGCAGGAGCUCGGCCGACCUGUCACAUACACACUGCUCGCCAUCCUGGAUUUCAACAACAUCCGCAAGAGAAUGUCUGUGAUAGUGAGAAACCCAGAGGGGCGUAUUCGUCUGUACUGUAAGGGAGCAGACACAGUGCUGUUUGAGAGACUCCAUCCCUGCAACCAGGACUUAAUGAACAUCACCUCUGACCACCUCAACGAGUAUGCUGGUGAUGGGUUACGGACACUUGCGUUGGCCUAUCGGGAUCUUUCUGAGGAGCAGUGGGAAGAGUGGGCGGAGCGUUACCGUGGCGCUGACAGAGCUGAAGACUGUCGGGAGGACCGCCUGGCCGCGGCUUACGAGGAGAUAGAGCAGGACAUGAUGUUGUUGGGAGCCACAGCCAUAGAGGAUAAACUACAGGAGGGAGUCCCAGAGACCAUUGCUAUCCUGACACUGGCCAACAUUAAGAUCUGGGUACUGACAGGAGACAAGCAGGAAACGGCGGUGAACAUCGGUUACUCCUGUAAGAUGUUGACUGAUGACAUGACAGAAGUCUUCAUUGUCAACGGACACACUGUGCAGAGCGUUCGAGAGGAGCUCAGGAGAGCGAGGGAGAGAAUGAUGGAGUCAGCCCGCAGCAGGGACGGAGGGAAGGAGGUUGAGUCUCAGGGGUGGGGUGAAGCCUGCUCCUUUGGAAAUGGGUUUGGAACUGGUGACGCAGCCAACUGGACGCAACCGAAGGAGAAAUCUUCUGCCCCGCCCACUGCCCCGCCCACGUCCAUACUGGAAUCGAUCAGCGGAGAAUUUGCACUGGUCAUCAGUGGACACAGCCUGGCUCAUGCGUUAGAGGCGGACAUGGAGCGGGAGUUUCUGGACACGGCGUGUGCCUGUAAAGCUGUGAUAUGCUGCAGAGUCACUCCACUCCAGAAGGCUCUGGUCGUGGAGCUCGUCAAACGACACAAGAAAGCCGUGACUCUCGCCAUCGGAGACGGAGCCAAUGACGUCAGCAUGAUCAAAACGGCUCAUAUCGGGGUGGGGAUCAGCGGGCAGGAGGGCAUCCAGGCGGUGCUGGCGUCCGACUACUCCUUCUCUCAGUUCCGCUUCCUGCAGCGCCUCCUGCUGGUCCACGGCCGCUGGUCCUACCUGCGCAUGUGUCGAUUUCUCUGCUACUUCUUCUACAAGAACUUUGCCUUCACCAUGGUGCACUUCUGGUUCGGCUUCUUCUGCGGUUUCUCGGCACAGACGGUGUACGAUCAGUACUUCAUCACGCUCUAUAACAUUGUGUACACCUCUCUGCCCGUCCUGGCCAUGGGCAUCUUUGACCAGGAUGUUCCGGAGCAGAGGAGUCUGGAGUAUCCAAAGCUCUAUGAGCCGGGGCAGUUGAAUCUUCUCUUUAACAAGCGAGAGUUUUUCAUCUGUAUCGCUCAGGGCAUUUACACCUCUGUGGUGUUGUUCUUCGUGCCGUACGGAGUCCUCUCUCAAGCCACACAGAGCAACGGGACGCCCCUCGCCGACUACCAGACCUUCGCAGUUACCACGGCCACCGCUCUCGUCAUCGUUGUCAGUGUACAGAUUGCUCUGGACACGGGUUACUGGACGGCGAUUAAUCAUUUCUUUGUGUGGGGGUCUUUGGGAGCGUAUUUCACCAUCCUCUUCACAAUGCACAGCAGCGUCCUGUUCAACAUCUUCCCCAAACAGUUCCACUUCCUGGGAAGUGCUCAUAACACGUUGAGCCAGCCGGUGGUUUGGCUGACGAUAGCUUUAGCCACCGUCAUCUGCAUCGCUCCUGUUCUCGCCUUCCGCUUUCUCAAACUGGACCUUAAACCUCAGCUCUCAGACACGGUGCGUUACACUCAGCUGGUCAGGCAGAAGAAACGGAAGCCGGGCGGCCGCGCCGGUCGGGGACUGGGAGGGGCCGGGUCCUCGGGAGGCGGGGCCCUGGGCCGCCUGGGACGCGGCGGCUCCCGUCGCUCCGGCUACGCCUUCGCCCACCAGGAGGGGUUCGGAGAGCUGAUCACGUCGGGCAAGAAUAUGCGCCUGAGCUCCCUCGCCCUGGCGACCUUCGCCUCCCGCCACAGCGCCAGCUGGAUCGACACGCUCCGCAAGAAGAAGCACGCGCAAAACGCUCAGAACACGCCUCCCGCCGCCACCGGAGACAGCAGCCCCGCCCCCUCUAUAGCCCCGCCUCUGUCCACGUCCUCGUCUCUGACCGGCCCUCAGGACACCACCCCAGAAGAGUCACGGCAAGCCUCAUUGGACGCCGCCCCUAGCAACGGCCUCGGUGACGUUCCCCUCAGCUUGAUGAAGAGCCCCGAGGCAGAGAGUGGAGGCUGUAGCCUUGGAGCCGUGCAGGAGGCCUUGUUUGGUUGGAGGGGAGUUGGAGCACGGAUCAGUGGUGCCAGCAGCCCUGGACCUCCACCUAUUGCUGAAGAAUCGUCCAAUGCUGUGUGAGAGUGAGAGAUAGACAGCAGAACUGGCCUAUCACAGGGCUUUGUCUUGUGUGAAUACUUCCUGUUGGGUUGUUUUAUCCCCUCAAGGUCUGAGAGAAGUACUGUUAAAGACAGCAUAU